UCUCUGGUUAUUCGGAAUUAAUAUGUUGAUGUCGAUCACUUACUGGUUAGUUUUGUUCCUUUCAUGGAACUCUUACGGAUCCUUGGCCAAUGACUCUUCGGUGUGUCUUUUGCACGACCAGCCCAACCAAUGUGGAGCAUUCUGCCUGCAGGCGCUAAGACCGAUGAUCGAUCACAUGGCUUUUCACCAGAGGAAGCUGAAUGAGACGCAAGCGAAGCUGGACAGAAUGGAGGGUCAGCUAUCUAAGCUGGACAGAAUGGAGGGUCAGCUAUCUAAGCUGGACAGAAUGGAGGGUCAGCUAUCUAAGCUGGACAGAAUGGAGGGUCAGCUAUCUAAGCUGGACAACCUGCAGACAAAACUGGAGGCGAUUGAAAGACAACUGUCAGCGAUGCAAGAAUUACCAUCCAAAGCGAAAAAGGAACCCAUAAAUACGCAUCUGUACGAACGGAUUGGCUCGAAAUGGAUUUACGUCGAACGCAAAAAUUGUCGAAAUUGGGAGCAAGCUGAAGCGUUCUGCCGUGGGAUAAACGGUCACCUGAUCACAAUCCAGAACGACUCCGAACUGAGAGCCGUGGGUGAAAAGUUGCUUGGAUACGCUGACUACUGGCUGGGGAUCAAUGACGUGGCCAAGGAGGGCGAGUUUGUGUCCGUGGCUUCCGGGAAGCCAGCUCCCUUUCUCAAGUGGGAAUACUUGCAACCCGACAACUGGAACGGAAAACAGAACUGCGUACUUAUCCGUACCGGCAAAAUGUACGACAGCGACUGCAGGAGUUAUAAACUUUUCAUUUGCGAGGCGACUUUUGAUUAAAAGAAGUUGUGUGGUUAUAAUAA